AUCAUACAGCAGAGGGAAGCACGCGCUGAUCUGUGGUGUCUGCAGCACAAAAAUAAAAGAAGAAGAAGACGGAACCGUGGGUUAGCAUGCUAGCAGCGCGGACAGAGAACUAGAAAGCAGUCAACUUUUGGUUCAUGUUUACCCCCCUAACAUAAGGUGGCUCCAGACAUGGAGGCUUCAGCAGCAGGCUGUGGUCUGGACGGGCAGGGGGCGACAGCAGCACAAUCCAGAAUUCCUGGACUCAGAAGGUCUUCUAUUAAGCCAGACUGUGCUUUGCUGGAAGAAGCAGCUCAACUGAAAACAGAAGGGAACGCUUUCUACAAAGAGAAGAACAUUCGCUCAGCCAUUGGUCGUUACCACCGGGCUCUGCUGAUACUCCGAAGCCUGGACUCCGAGGUGAUGGCAUCCGUUAGGGGGUUUGGACCUGAAAAACCAGCUCUCGCGCCUGAACUGGAGGCUUUAUUGAGAAGCAUACAAGUGGACUGCUACAACAACUUAGCUGCCUGUUUGCUGCAAAGACAGAAAGUUGACUACGCCCGUGUGCUGGAGUACAGUCAACGAGUGUUGCACUGGCAACCAGGAAACAUCAAAGCGCUGUACAGGGCAGGGGUAGCCACUCUCGAGAUGGGAGACGCGCAGGCAGCCAAACAGUACCUCACCCAGGCUUGUAGAGAGCAACCUCAUGAUGCCAACGUGCGCAAGCAUCUGCAGAGGGCAGAGGAGAGGCUAAAUCGGGAGCUCCAAAAAGAGAAAGCCAUGUAUCGAGGCAUGUUUGCCUCCAUCCAGAAGGACAGCAGCGCCGAAGAAGGAAUUAACCAAACUAACUGAGCGAAUGACAGUUUACAGGGAGAAGAAAACAACUGCUCAGUGUGCCAAACAAACUUUACACCGUCAAGACGAAUGAUUGAUUUGACUCUCACUUUUUUGAGUUUGAAUAUAAAGAUGAAUGUUUGCAGAAUACCCUACAACAGUCGCUUAGACACUAAAUAUGCUGAAGCUGAAAAUAGAAGUUGAGGAUGAUUGGUUUCCUAGCAACGUGAAAAUGAGCGAUAGUCCAGUAAUCCAUGUCUGUGAAAGCUAAGGAGACUCUUUAUAUGCAACUCAAACGCCUCCAUGACUGCAGCUACCAGCUCAGUGAUGUGAAUGUUACAUUUUUAAGGUAAAAUACUUUGGAGUCGUAUCGUUUUUCACCAAAUAAAAGAAAAUAAAAUACA